AUGAUGGCCUUACUUGUCCAACAUAUUACAGAUGAAGCAAAUAAAACCCGUGAAUGUCACGAAACAUUUAUGGAAGAAAUGAGCAAGCGAGAUGAAGCGCAGAAGCAGAAGAUUCAAUUACUGGAAGAACGCAUGGCAGCUAUGACACGUCAAAAUUCUCAGUUAAAGCAAGACUACGGGAUGACAUCGAAACAACUGGAUGAGAAAAAUGCCGAACUACAUGAAGUGAUAAAAAAGCAAUCUGCAGUCUUGUUGUCAAUGUGGUCUUAUUUUUGUGCUUCCGCAACAGCCUCUCCACAGAGAGAGCAAGAGAGAGCGAUAACUCAAGGAAAUGUAAAUCAAUUAAUGGAAUGGUGUCAUAAAAAUGGUGUUCUUGACACAAUUGUAAAUAAUGCAAAAAGAACUCUAUCGGUAUAUGAAUAUAAACUAUUUCAAACAAUUGUAGAUGAAUGGGAUAACGAAUUAAAUGUUGAUUCGUGCCUUCUAAGAUGGGAAAUAUACGGACAACGGAAAGCAAAGUGCAAAGAGGCAUAUCUAUAUAUCCUAUGCUUCAAUGUACGCGGGCUCGAGCAGAGGUGGGGUGAAGUAGUAUUAAUGGCAGAAUCAAAGAAUUUUGAUAUAUUAGUACUUGGUGAAGUGGGCAAGUUUGAUACGAGAACAAUUAACCAUGCAUUACCUGAAUUCAAGUUAUUCUAUCAAGAAGGUGAAAAUGCCUCUGGAGGUGUUUUGAUAUUGGUGAGAGAUCGCAUUCGAGUAUCCCGCAUUCCUUGUGUGUUACCCAAUAUAUGUGUAUUGGAUAUACAUAUGAAUGAGGUUGUUCGAUUAAUUGGGAUGUAUGCACCUGCGAGCAAAACAUGGGAUUGGGAUGAUUUGUCGCCAUUCACAUCGAAUACAUGUAUGUUAAUGGGGGAUUUCAAUGUCGACCUUGAUCAAGAUGGCGAAAAAGCUGAACGUUUACUCGAAUGGGCUGAUAGUAGAUCGUUAUCUGCUAUUACACCUGGAUGUUCCACGUCAUUGAGGUCUGAUCGUGAAAUUGAUUAUGCUAUAGUGGCUGGUGUACAAAUUGACGUUCAAACGUAUGAGAGAAAUACAACUAGCGAUCACAAGCCGUUAUGCUGUAUCCUAUCUUACGAAGAUUCAUCAAAUAAUUUUGGCAGUAUAACCCAUUGGAAUGUACUUUACUGCUGCAUGGAAUAUAUGUACAAAUAUUGGGAGGAUCGAUGGAGUGACGGAAAUUAUAAUGAGAAUUACAAUAAAUUCAACGAAUUUCUUGGUUUGAUGGUUGGGCGAUGUACUCGAUACUUUUCAAUAGAAAAAGCACGUGGCGCUAUUCCAGCUGAUCUGAGAGAAAGACUGUCGUACAGUCGUGCGCUAAGCUUCAAAGCGAAACGUACUGGUGAUAUACGAUUAAGAGCAGAAUCUGCGAAAAUACGAAACGCAGUGAGAAGCGACCUUCGAAUAUUUCGUCAAAAUCAACUUGCAAAGCAACUAGUCGAAAGACAUAAACCUGGUCGUAGCUUCGUUAUGUUUUGGAACAAAACAAAGAAGCAUUUUCGUAAUUGCUCGUCAUCUAUCCGUGGUUUUAUUCUGCCAAAUGGAGACCUUGAAAAAGAUCCAGUGAAAAUGGUUGAACAAGCCGCUGAUUAUUACGAAGAAUUGUUUGCAGAGCCCACGGUUCAUCGACCGCAUCCCUAUGUGGAUUUACCACAUCAUCAAUAUGAUGAUUAUCAACAAGCAAUUUCACUUGUCACAUAUCCUGAUAUCAUAAAAGUUCUGAAGGGCAGGAAAAAGAAACGAUCCUGCGAUAUCCACGGAUUAUCACCCUUCAUAUUGGAUAAAAUGCCUAAGCACUAUUGGAAUUUAAUUGCUAAUUUGUACAAUUACUCGUUUCGAACAUGUCA